GUUUGUAAUCACUUCACUUGUCUAUUGUGGUAGACAGGCAGCAAGGGCACUUACACUGGCCCCUGGUUAUUCUGGUUUGCUCAAACGGACGACUGAGAUUCACGGGGCAUAUAGAUGACUCGGAACCAGUAACACCCCUGCGACUAGCACCUCUCUGAGCCAUGCUUUGACACAGACUUAUAAAUCAAAGUGGGCUAUACAGCGUCAUGGCUACCUUGCUUCCUCUGUGGGUCGCUAGCGGGGCCGUUGCUGGCACUGUCGGACUUCCGGUCACUGCGUCUGUUGGCGUGGUUGGUAUCCUUGCAGCACUGAGCAGCAGAAGUCAGAAGCGUAUUGAGGGUGAAGGUGCUGACAGAGAAGGAGCCAAAGCAGGCAGCCCAGAGCUAGCUGAAAACGAUUUGACAGACUCAGCAGAAGCAGAGGAUGAGCAAAACAAAGUUUGCCUGAGCCAUGCACUUUCGUCCUUCACGCCUCGCUGCCAUCCACUUGACCAGGAAACUUCAGGUGUCACAUGGGACACGCUCUACCCUUCCAGGCAGCCCAGCCAGCUCCUUGGGGAGGGAGCAGCUAUGCCAGCAGCUCUGACACAGGCGCAGCAGCCGGGGCUCCCAAAGCAGAGAAGCCAGCGCUACAGGAAAUUGGUGACUGGGCUCUCUGCUCGCCUCAGCACCCUCUACCCCGCUUGCCUCGCCCCAAAGACCUCCAAUACAGGGGCAGCGCAGCGCGCGUCGAAGCAGGCGGCGGCCGGGAACGCCGUCGUCCGGCGCGGCCGCGGCGGAAGCCACACGAAGCUGGACCUGCUCCGCACGGCUUCCAGCCUACAGCAGCGCAUCAGCGUCGUCGCCAGCUCAGCGUCCGGCCCCUGGAUUGCGCAUCUGUGCUGACCCGCAUGACACAGGAGCUGGCUGCACCAGGAUUUCUUCUAUACGGUCCUUUUUUAUUCUCCCCUUGCAGGAUUGCACAGAGUAGCAGACAUUUGAGCAAGAUGGGCAAACAAAAAGCAGACGCCAAAGUUGGAUGAGUUUCAUUUUUGCUGGGUCAUUGUCCAGCUCGACAUGCUGCCCGUAUGGUGUGCUUGCUCUUGUGACACCUCUUGAUGUCGCCGAAAGAGUCCAUGUUAUUGAGUUUGUGU